AUGGCGACCCUAGAAUGCACCUCCCAUUGACAGGAAACUGUCAACAAGCCACGGCUCUAUAAAAGAGAUUCAAAUUCGCUGGGAUUUUGUGCGGGAAAAAUGGCUCACAGUAAGGACCUGUUUGAGUGCUCCAUCUGUACACAGUUACUGAAUGAUCCAGUGACUAUUACCUGCGGACACAGCUUCUGUAUGAAAUGCAUCUAUACCCACUUGUAUACCAAAAGAAACAGAAGGAGAACGUAUAGCUGCCCUCUGUGCAGAGAGACUUUCAAUGAGAGACCUGUUCUGAAGAGGAACACCAUCCUGGCUAACUUGGUAGAGGAGUAUAAGAAGGCAAGCAGCCAGGGUGCUGCUGCGGAUGAUGCUGCACCUGGGGAUGCGCAGUGUGACAUUUGCACAGAGAGAAAACGUAAAGCUUGCAUGUUCUGUCAGGUGUGUUUGGCCUCUUACUGCCAGACCCAUCUGGAACCUCAUUUUAUUGUACCGCCUCUUAAAAAACACAGACUGAUCACAGCUUCUAUAAAUAUCAAAGAAAGCAUCUGCGGCCGUCAUGACAAACUUCAGGACAUUUACUGCCUGACCGAUCAACAGUUUGUGUGCCGGAUGUGUGCUCUGGAUGAACACAAAGACCACGACAUUGUAUCAGCUGAAACAAAAAGGCAAGAAUUGCAGAGCCAUCUGGAAAAGACCAAAGAGAAAAUUGCAGAAAGAGUGGUGAUUUCAGAGAAGUUGAUGGAUGCUGCUCGCUCCAUACGAGCAAAUAGUAUGUGUUUCCUACAGGACGCUGCCUGGGAGGCGUGUGAUGACUUUGAGCGGGUCUGUGAGGAACGUAUCCUGUUGUACACCCACUUCCUGAGGAAGAAGUGCUCUGAGAUGAGAGAGAAAGUUGGAGAGGCUGAGAAAGCUGGAGUGGACUGGACUGAACGCCUCCUCAGACCUCUGAAGCGUGAGCUGUCUGAGUUAAGGAGGAGAGAGAGUAAAAUCUGUCAGCUUUCACAAACAGAGGAUCCCAUUCAGUUUCUUCAGGGCUUCCAAACCCUGGGUGACCUCCCUGUGCUCAUAGACUCACACAGAGUCCUUGACAACCUGACAAAGUUUGUCACUGCACAAAAGAAUAAAAUGAAAAAGAUGUGCGACAAAGAAAAAAACGAUCAGAUGGAUUAUUCUGGAAAAAUCAUCAUGUCAAGACGGACAAGGCCGCAGAAGGGACGGACAAGGCCGCAGAAGGGACGGACAAGGCCGCAGAAGGGACGGACAAGGCCGCAGAAGGGACGGACAAGGACAGAACUUCUGAUGAAAUACUCCAAAAUCGAGGUGGAUCCUGACACUGUAGCAGCUUGUCUUUACCUCUCUGAUACAAAGAAAGAGAUAUCAUGGCGUGACAAGGGCCAGGCUCAUCCAGAUCACCCUGACAGAUUCACCUACUUUAACCAGGCUCUGUGCAAAGAGGGCCUCAGAGGAAACUACUACUGGGAGGUGGAGUGGGAUGGUGGCAUAGUUGAGGUGGCUGUGUCAUACAGAGGGAUAGGAAGAAAGGGUUCAGGGAAAGAUUGCUGUUUUGGCCACAAUGCUCUGUCCUGGAAAUUAAUCUGCUCUCCUUCUGGUUGCACGUUCUGGCACAAUAAUCUUCACAAAGGUCAAAUUCCUCCGGCUGUCUCCGGCAAAGUAGGGGUACACCUUGAUUAUAAAGAGGGAACGCUGGCUUUUUACAGCGUAUCUGGGGUUGAAAGUUUGACACUGCUGCACCAAAUCCAGACAACCUUCACCGAGCCCCUCUAUCCCGGGUUUACUGUGGAUCUUGGUGCAACACUGAAAAUAAGCGACAUCCAAUUCAGAGAUAGUGCGCACUUUCCAAUGUUAAUGUAUUGAUCGAC